UGUGAGUUGGCCGGCAGCGAUUACUUCGAUUGUCAAAUCUAUCGAAAUUUUUGAAUGGCUUAUCGACGGGAUUCCUGGCCGAUAAGCGCUCGUCUGGACACCAGCGUUGUAAAUGAAGAUUAGAUUUGGAGGUAUUCAGUAGUCUUUGUUUAGUGGUAGAACAUGUUCAGGCUAAGCGUAGUUUUCGUUUUGAUUCCCGCGGUUGUUUUGGCCCUGAAUCCAGCGCCAUGCGUCUUCAACUCCGGUCCCUUACCUGCGCAGGUUCGGGUGGUAGGAUGUCCGGCGAGCGUCCCACAGCAGCCGUGCAUCGUCCCAAUCGGGUCUAUGGUUGACAGCGAAAUUGACAUCGUUCUGGAGCGUCCGACGACUACGCUGACGGCCUCCUUGGAUAUGUUCCUCGGUAAUUUCCGCAUCCCGUGGAGUCUUCCGGAGCACCAACACAACGCCUGCUCUGAUCUGAUGCACGGAGUCAGCUGUCCUCUGCAAGCGGGCCAAGCUGUCAGCUAUAAUCUGGUGACGGAAGUGUCCGCCCCCUUCGCCGAUGUUACCGUCGAUAUGGAACUGAUGCUAACCGAUGAUCAGGGAGCGGCCGUAUUCUGCUACCGUUCGCAGGCUACCGUCGUGCGAGCUUAGACGGACAAGUUUUACCGAACUGCCAUUAACCUUUCAUACGGAACUCCGGCCACGGCCAGCAAGCAACGUCAUCAGACAAAAGUGCAAUCCCUACAAUUUCCAACCAGUAAAAAGAACAAGUGUUAUGGAUUGAAAA